AAUAGAAAAAUUGAGGUUAACCAGAUCCAAUAUCAAAAAAAAUCAAAAUUUGUUUCAAAAGCGCGUCUUACACCUUUAAAAUGAUCUAACGACUCAACAAAUGAAGCUACCACAUCAAUGUCCCUACAUAUAGGCCAGAAAGUGUAUGUUAGAAAUGAUAGUGCCAAGAUCAAGUUUAUUGGACCUACUCAAUUCGCUCCAGGCAAUUGGAUUGGUGUCGAAUUAGAUAAAGCACAGGGGAAGAAUGAUGGUUCAAUUAAUGGGAUAAAAUAUUUCGAUACUGACAAAACAGAUGGUUUGUAUGGGGUGUUUGUUAGAGAAGCAAUGGUUUCAGUAGAAAGAGUACCUCUUAGUCCCGAACCCAAUAGUUCUAAUUUAUAUCUUGUGGUCGAUAAACUUCAAGCUAAGCUUCAUGCUGCCAUAGCUACCAUUGCUGCUUAUAAAGAUGAUAUCAAAUCUUUACAAGAUCUCUUACAGGAUAAAGAUUACGAAAUAAUUGAGUUGAAGCAACAACUAGAAAUGACUAUCAUAGAUAAGGAUUAUAAUAGUACUAGCCAGGAUGAGUUGAGAGAUCGAUUGUCAAUACUACAGAAGAACUAUGAGGACUUGGAAGAUGAUUAUAUGUCUUUGAAAGAGGAAUUGGAUAUCAAUAAUCAAAUUGAAUUAGAAAUAAAGGAACAAUUACAAGAUACGACUGAUGAAAAUGUGUUGGUGAUCUUACUGCGAAAUAAACAAUUGGAAUUAGCCUUGGAAAGUUUGCAUAAAGUCAGUCAAAGUAAUGAAAUUAAUUUGAAAAAUGAAAUUGAAAUGUUAUCCUCAGGAUCUGAAUCGACUGUCGAGUUAAAGGAGAACUUGAAGCAAAUCACCUCUAAGUUAUCUCAUGCUGAACAGAAAAUUACGCAUUUACAAGAUCAAUUGGAUUCCACUCUCAAUUUGCAGUCAUUGGUCGAACAUUUAACAACCGAGAAUGAACAAUUAAAAGAAUCGGUAUCGGAUUUGACAAAGAACAUCGAUGAAUUGCAUGAACUAGAUAGAAACAUUGAAGAAAACCAUAAAAUCAUAGAAACCAAGUUACAGGCAGAUAUAGCAAGUUUGGAACUAAGAGUCAAGAAUGAUCAAUUGCACCUUGAAGAGCUCAAAACCAAUCUUGAAAAUAAAUCCAAUUCAACAGACAAUGAUAAACAAAUCCAGGAAGCAAAUAUUCAGAUUGAGAACUUAAAGUUGGAAGUAAAGAAGUCUAUUGCAUUAAACAAAACAAAUUUGUUUGAAGUCAAAGUAGCUAAUGCAGUCUCAGUCUUGGCAGAAGAACAUCUAUUGAUUCUUGACCAAGCAGAUCAACAUGGAAUUUUUAAUAUAUAUUACCAAAUAAAAAAAUGUUUGGCUCUAUCAAAGUGCAUCCAGGAAUUCUCCGUGUCUACCAAAUCCGUAUUAUCGAUAGAACUUUUAACCAGAUUCUUAGAAUUGGUCUUAACCCUUUGGGAAUAUAACUAUUCAAAUUCUUCUGCUGAUGAAAUCCUUGAGACUUUGUCAAUUCUACUUGAUGCACUCAACCUAACAAUUGAAUCAAUUAAAAAUGAUAAUUUUAUCAACACUACAUUUGCAAGAGACUUUAUAAAUCUGUGGUUGGAGUUAUUCAAUAUUGGAAGCUUCCAUCAAACAUUUGAACUCAAAUAUUGUCUCUUAUUUUUGUCCCAGGUCUAUCAACGUCACAUAGAUUACAUCUAUGAUAGGACGCUUAUCCAUCAAAAUGUCGAAGAAAAGGAAGCCUUUAUGAAACAAUUAUCAAAAUAUAUCACUUCAUUCGGGCAAAUUAAUUUUCAUGAAGAUGAUGUAACGGAAGACUUAGAAGCAAGUGAUGAUACAUUAGGAAUCAAUUUUACCGCAGCCAUUUCAUCUAUGUGGGAAACAAUCGAUACAAUUCAUGAUUGUGAAACCGGGAACUCGUUGAAUGUUGAUCGAUGGGCACAUCAUUUCAUAGACUAUGAUAAGUUGUUGGCCGUCAAAUUUUCUUCCAAAAAUAUAACGGUGACUCCAAUAACAGAGCUUGUUUUGAAUGAUGCAAAAGUGACUUCUGCUACUAUAGUAUCUGACAACAGUGAGGAAUUGGAUAGUUUAAAGGUUAAGUUACUUGAAAAAGAAAGAGUCUUAAAUGAUCUUCAUCUUAAUAUUCAGAUGUUGGAAAAUAGUGUAAAAUCAUUAAAUGAUAAGCACACAGACGUUAACGAAAAGAAUUCAAUUGCAAUUUCAAACCUACAAGAGGAUUAUGAGAGAAUCAAACAACAAUAUCAAUCCCUAGAACAAGAGAAUAAGGCUUUGGAUUCUGAAAUAGAGAGACUUAAUUCAGUUGAAAAGACUAUCGUCACAGAGAAAUUUCAAGAUUUAGAUCACGAGUCAAAAUUUAUCGAACACACUGCAUUAUUAAAUGAAGUUCAAUUAUUAAAGAGCAUUGUCAAACGUUCUAUACCCAAGCAAGAUAUAUCUGAUGUGAUGUUCUUAAAAUCCCCCUUGAUACCUAAUGUCAAAAUCAAGAUGAAUCCAAAAACUCAAGAUAAACGUUUAUAUGCGAACAAGGUUAGAGAAUUAGCAUUACAGGUGAAAACAAUUGCAGUUGUGGAUUUCCACAAUCAAAGGACUACGAAUUCAAGGAAACGAUAUAAUCUGCAGUUAAAAGAGCAAAUUAUACGACUUGAUACAUCUUUAAAAGGAAUAUUAAAUUAAUUAUUU